AUGUCACGUUCGAAUGUAGGCACAGGGGAUUUCGUGGCAGUGGACUCGGAAUAUCCUCAUGGAAAUGCCAACACGCAGGAAGGUGAGGGCAUGCAAUCACAUAUUCCCGCUGCUGCUUCACAUCCCAGGGACAGCCUACCAACUUGGAAAUGGAGGGCAUUGCUUGUGGCCAAUGGUUUCCUAACCAUAAUGCAUGGAUACGAUGUCAGCAAUGUCGCCAACAUCCAGGCAUCUAUUUAUAAAGCUUUCGGGCAUAUCGAACUACUGUCCUGGGUUGCACUCGGCUAUUCUGUCUGCAAUAUCGCUUUGAUUCCCCUGGGCCGUAAACUUUUUAAGUUUGGAGACUUUAAGACGUUGUGUCUCGCAUCCAUGAUGUUUAUCAUUGGAGGCUCCGCCCUCUCCGGUGCUGCCCCUAAUAUCGAGUGUAUCAUCGCCGGACGUGCUGUGAUGGCCUUAGGCUCAAGCAUCAUAUAUCAAGGGAUCCUGAGUUUUAAUAUCGUCUUUACCUAUCCCCAUGAACUUGGCCUCGUACAGAGUUUUAUCGGUGCUUGCUUUGCCAUGGGUCUAGGGGCGCCUUUGCCAACCACGAGAGCAACAUGGACGCAUAUCAAGGAGGUCGACUGGAUAGGCAAUCUACUGCAUAUAGGGUCCUGUCUCCUCUUUGCAAUCAGUUGUGCGUUUAUCGGGUCGACAGGGACCUGGGGCAUUAACCCCGGCAUCGCCACCUGGAUCCUUUUCACCUUCUUUGUGAUCACAUAUGUUCUACAACAGGCAUAUAAUCUCGGUACAACACCUGAGAACCGCUUGUUAUCUCCUAGCUCGCUCCUUCGCAACCGGACUAUCCUCCUUACUUGGAUCUGCACGUUUUGUGCUGCCGCGUCGUACGGCGCUACGUUAUAUUAUGUGCCGAUAUACUUCGCCUUCAGGCACGGGUUAGAUCCGCUUGCGGCGGCAACCCGACUGCUGCCCUUCAUUGGCGUUUUCAUAUCCACUAUUAUGCUAUGCGGCCGUCUACUUCCUAUACUACGAUUUUAUAAAUCCUUCUUCGUCGUCGGAUCUGCCUUCCUUCUAGUGGGUGGGGGUCUAUUCCAGAUGUUAAGCACCAAUAUGUCCGAGUCGGCAGUCAUGGGAUUCGAAAGCGUUGUCGCCGCUGGGCUUGGCAUCCUCUGGCAGUUAGGGGUACCAGUAUGCACAACUUUCCUACCUAGUACCGAGGACCGCCUGGAUCUUGCUCUACUAAGCAACAUGGCGCAGUUAGGCGGCAUUGCGGCCUCGCUUUCUAUCGCAGGGAUGGUCUAUCAGAGUACGGGCUUCGAGUCACUAAAAGAUUCCGUCGGAGGCAUGGGGUUCUCCGAUGAAAGUAUCCGCGAGCUACUCUCGGGCGUUGAUUCGCCAAUUCUAAAGGAUGCUGACCCGAGGGUGCUACGGUUGGCCGUAAAAGCCAUCGUCGAUGCCAUUAGGGCAUGCUUCAUCAUUCUGCUCACUGCCGGUUGUAUAUCGUUCCUUGCAGCCUGGAGCAUGAACUGGGAAGCUCUCGAAUUCAACCAGUCUACUAGGCAGCGACAUAUACGGCAAUCAGGGGAUACCCAGCUUCGUCAUCAAAGAUCUGAUGCCGAAUUUCUCCUAGAUGAUCUGAAUACUCGAGGCGAGACUGCAGGUGGUGUGUUGAAUUCGCUCGCCACGGUACAUAUUGAUAAGAGAUAA